AUGGGCCUACAGUCCUUGCCUGCACAGCCUGUGCCUACAACCAAGCUUCUGCAUGUUCCAAGACUCGUCCUGACCACAACCAACGAAGCAUUCCUGGAUUUCACCCAUAACUUGUUGAUGAGCAUCGAGAGAACAAGUGCUCGUCCCGACGUCGUAGUGAUCGCAGAAGAUGAGCAAUCGUUCAAGGAGCUAUCGUUGCACCCUCAUCCGGGACUGCAAGUCAUUAAACCACACGACAUCAGUGGUGUCAAAAUGGACAGCAAGAACGUCCGCUACCUUCACAUCGUAAGUUUUGCUUUUGGUGAAUUGUGCAAGUACACAGCCUCAGAAUUUCUCGGCAUGGCUGCGUUGAACCAGUCUGAUUUUUGUGACGAAGUUGCCGGCUUGCUUGAUUUUAAUGAUGAAGCAACGAGGAAUAGAUUUUUCCAAACGGCCUCCGAGUUCUUUCUCGUGAGGAUUGGCUUUCCUAUCGUCUGGCUGGUCGGUCUGCCGGCUAACCUGGCGUUCCUCUACACCAUCUACAAGGUGCGACACAUGCGGACCAUCACCAACUUCUACCUGGCCAACUUGGCACUGGCUGACAUCUCUUGCCUGGUCCUGUACCCGGGUCUCUACAGCUGGUCCUACUACGCUACCCCGGUGGUCUUCAACUUCCAGACGUCGUCGUGGCUGGAGUGCGCGGCACUAUUCUUCUCAUUCGACAUUCCCAACUUCGCCUCCAACGCCAUCGUGACUCUGGUCGCCCUGGAGCGUUUCUACGCGAUCUGCCGUCCUCUGCAGAGCAGACAGGCCAGCAGUCCUGGACGAACUACAGCCCUGCUGGUGGUAUUCUGGACAGUGUCUGUAGCGCUCGCGCUGUCCGUCUGCUCGCGUUUCAUCACCGUGCGCGUCUACUGCGUCCUGUGGCCGGACUCGGACAAUGGCCAGUACGACUCCCUUCCAGACACCGUGUCGUUCUGCACGGCCGGCGAGCCCUGGGUUGCCGUCUACGCUCACUGCCUGUACGUCGUAGUCUGGUUUCUGGGGCUGAUCGUCAACAGCUUCUUGUACUACAAGAUUGUCCGUCGAUUGGGGCGGCGCGCCGUCGGCCGAUCUGCCUCCAACACCGAUGCCAAGAGUCGACUGGUCCGCAAUCAAGUCGCCCGCAUGCUGAUCGUCAACAGCAUCGUGUUCUUCGUGCUUCAAGCCCCUCGCGUCCUCACCCUCAACCUGCUGUCUUUUCUGUCUGCGGCUACUGGUCAGGUCCUCCAGCCUUCUGAUGCCCCCUUCUUGGUUCCUGUCACCUAUUUCCUGUCUCUCCUCAACUCGGCUGUCAACCCCAUCAUCUACAGCGGCACAAACAUCAGGUACCGAGAGGCCUUCCUACAGGCGUUCGGCUGCACCUGCCGGCGUGGAAGAGAAGACACGGAACGACCGACGCUUGGUGACAUGUCAGUGUCCUCUAAAGUGACUGAGAGAAGUAGACCUAAGUGUGAAAAGUCCGAGGAAAACCUGGACGACAUACCAAAUUCAUCCAUAUAA